GAAAAUUGUCGCCUCCCCUCGUUUCUGCCUGUGGCUGCUUCCUAUGGCGUGUACAGACUUUAGCCGGUUCAGUGUCGAUUUCAUUUGAAAGAACCUUUAAAAUGUCUGCCGGUGUUAUGCUAAAGAGUUUAUGUAAAGUUAGUAGAUAUCCGCUGGCGGUGUUGAGAGCGCCGUUAGUAGCUUCGUACCACACGGAGAGGGGUGUUUUUGGGUACAGACCGCGGAGAGGAAACUCGGAGGAGCCGGACGCCGUGCUGCAGGAGCUACUGAACACAUACUCUUCUCUCAAUCAAGAUCAUGGCCUGGCGCGGUUGGUGGAGGCCUAUCGCACACAUGGGCACAAAGCUGCUAAAAUUAACCCUUUAAUGCCCAACGCGCCUGUUAUGGACAAGGUGCCGGAGAUCAGCAUCCUUACAGGCAGCCUCCCAGGAACUAUGAUCACAUCUGGUUUAAGGCACUUUGGGAAAGUGGAGGCCAGGACAGAGGAGGUGGUUGCAUACUUGGAGGACAUCUAUUGCGGGAGGAUCUCAGUGGAAACCAGUCAGCUGCAGAGUCUGGAGGAGAGAGUGUGGCUCACAGAUCGAUUUGAGGAGCUGAAGAAGGAGAGCUUCACUGCUGAAGAAAGGAGGCAGCUAGCAAAACUCAUGCUGGAAUCACAGGAAUUUGACCACUUUCUUGGCACCAAGUUUGCCACAGUGAAGAGGUAUGGAGGAGAGGGAGCAGAGAGCAUGAUGGGAUUUUUCUUCGAGCUUUUCCAUUCAGCUGCAAAGAGUGGCGUAACAGAUGUGGUAAUGGGAAUGCCUCACCGCGGACGCCUCAACUUGCUUACCGGACUUUUGCGCUUCCCACCCGAGCUGAUGUUUCGUAAAAUGAGAGGUCUCAGUGAAUUCCCGGAGAACUCUCCCGCCAUUGGGGAUGUCCUCUCUCACCUCACUUCUUCUGUGGACUUGGAAGUUAGCACUGCUCACCCGCUCCACGUGACCAUGCUACCCAACCCAUCCCAUUUGGAGGCCAUUAACCCUGUAACUCAGGGGAAAGCACGCAGUCGACAACAGGUUAAACAGGAUGGGGAUUAUUCUAAUGACAGCAACGCUAGGCCUGGAGAUAGAGUCAUCUGUUUGCAGGUUCAUGGUGAUGCCUCAUUCUCUGGGCAAGGAAUUGUACCAGAAACAUUCACCCUGUCAAAUCUCCCUCACUUCAGAGUUGGUGGAAGUAUUCAUCUUAUUGUGAACAAUCAAGUGGGCUAUACCACUCCGGCUGAGAGAGCCCGCUCAUCCUUAUACUGCAGUGAUAUUGGUAAGAUGGUGGGUUGUGCUGUGAUCCAUGUGAAUGGCGAUGAUGCUGAAGAGGUACUCAGAGGCACACGGUUAGCUGUGGAGUAUCAGAGACUCUUCAGGAAGGACGUUAUAGUGGACCUGCUGUGUUACCGGCAGUGGGGACACAAUGAGCUGGACGAGCCGUUCUUCACAAACCCUGCCAUGUACAAAAUCAUCCGCUCAAGGAAGAGCAUUCCAGAUUCCUACACUGACCAGCUGAUCUCGGAGGGAUUGAUGACAGAGGAGGAACGCAGUCAAAUUAAAACAGCUCACCACUCUUUGCUCAGUGACCGUCUGGCCAACAUGACUUUCUAUAGCCCUCCACCCACCAACCUGCAGGGCCGCUGGCAGGAUCUAACAGAGCCGCAGAACAGAGUUUCAUCCUGGGACACCGGCGUGACUGUUCCUCUGCUUCAGUAUGUGGGAGCAAAGUCCGUGGAGAUCCCUGAAGAGAUCCAGGUGCACAGUCACCUUGUGAAGACACAUGUAAAGUCGAGACUGCAGAAACUUGAAGCAGGAGCUGCACUGGACUGGUCCACCGCUGAGGCGCUGGCGCUCGGCACUCUUCUCUGUCAGGGCUUCGACGUGCGGAUAAGUGGACAGGACGUCGGGCGUGGUACAUUUAGUCAGCGUCAUGCCAUGGUUGUGUGCCAGGAGUCUAAUGACAUGUACAUCCCUCUCAAUCACAUUGACCCGCAACAAAAAGGCCAUCUGGAGGUGUGUAACAGUGCACUGUCUGAAGAGGCAGUGUUAGGUUUUGAGUAUGGAAUGAGUAUUGAACAGCCAAAACUGCUGCCCAUAUGGGAAGCUCAGUUUGGGGAUUUCUUCAACGGAGCCCAAAUCAUCUUCGACACCUUUAUCUCUGGAGGUGAGGCAAAGUGGUUGCUGCAGAGCAGUAUGGUCAUCCUGCUUCCACACGGCUACGAUGGAGCUGGACCCGAGCACUCAUCCUGCCGCAUCGAGCGCUUCUUACAAAUGUGUGACAGUAAGGAGGAAGGCAUCGACGGUGAUGUAGUAAAUAUGGCCGUGGUGAAUCCAACAACUCCAGCCCAGUACUUCCACCUGCUAAGGAGACAAAUGAUUCGAAACUUCCGCAAACCACUCAUUGCGGCAUCACCCAAAACACUGUUGCGUUUUUCUGGGGCAGUGUCGAGCUUAGAGGAAAUGGGACCUGGAACUUCCUUCAUGCCUGUAAUAGGUGACACCUCUGUAAAUCCUGAGAGUGUGCAGCGGGUACUGCUUUGCUCAGGCAAGCAUUAUUAUGCACUGCUGAAACAAAGAGAGACACUGCCUGAGGCAUGUAAGAACACAGCGCUGAUCAGAGUAGAGGAGCUUUGCCCUUUCCCCACAGAUGCCCUUCAGCAGGAGCUCCGCAAAUACAGCAAUGCCAAAGAGUUUAUCUGGAGCCAAGAAGAGCCACAAAACAUGGGAUGCUGGUUUUUUGUGUCUCCCCGAUUCGAAAAACAGCUUGCCUGUAAGCUGCGGUUAGUCAGUAGGCCUCCUCUUCCUGCCCCAGCUGUGGGUAUUGGUACUCUUCACCAUCAGCAGCAUGAGGCCAUUCUUACAGCCUCUUUCUCCUGAUAAACCUAAAGCCCUAAGCCAGCUUCGUCCAGUGCACCACCUGACGUAAUGUACAGCUGCCACACAGUCAUUCUCCCAAUCAGCAUCUGUGCCACAUUUUUUCUGUGCUAUAUAUUUUUGCAUUACAGUCUAUUUUAUGUUUUAAGGAUAUGAAUAUACAGUGAAGAGUCAGUGAAUUCUGUAAAGUAUUCGGUAUGACAGUUCUUUAAAACUGAUCAAUUACAUAGAGCAAAAGGGCAGAUUUAUAGAUGCAGUGUUAAAAUACUGAUUAGGAUCAAGCUGUAUUGAGAAAAUACAUCCUACAUACCACACACCUGUGCAGGUGCAAUGUAUUCAAAUGUAUAUAACAACAUUUUAAAUCACUCACAGAGGGAAACCAUUUCAGAUGAAGCAAUCUAUGAAACACAAAUACUGUUACUUAGUAGUCCGGAUAGAACAAAGCAAAUCAAAUCACAAAAACAUCCAAAUCGAUAGUAAACAAAUGACAAUAAUUAAAGCUCAUUUGUCAAACUUGAAGAAACUUUGAAAUUGUCUUCCUAUAGUUUACAUAAUGAGAAUGUGAAGUGUUGAUUAGUACUCAUUACAUGAUUAUAUACAGCAGGUGGUGCUGAAUUGUACAAAUUUCACACACACACACAUGCAUAAUGUUCCAUAUGAAAGGGCUACAUCAGUUCUGAAUUCAUUUUUGGUUUUCACUGCCAUAAUGUUUCUCCCUUUUAUUAUAUACAUACACUAUAUUGCCAAAAGUAUUCGCUCACCUGCCUUGACUCGCAUAUGAACUUAAGUGACAUCCCAUUCCUAAUCCAUAGGGUUCAAUAUGACGUUGGUCCACCCUUUGCAGCUAUAACAGCUUCAACUCUUCUGGGAAGGCUGUCCACACGGUUUAGGAGUGUGUUUAUGGGAAUUUUUGACCAUUCUUCCAGAAGCACAUUUGUGAGGUCACACACUGAUGUUGGACGAGAAGGCCUGGCUCUCUGUCUCCGCUCUAAUUCAUCCCAAAGGUGUUCUAUCGGGUUGAGGUCAGGACUCUGUGCAGGCCAGUCAAGUUCAUCCACACCAGACUCUGUCAUCCAUGUCUUUAUGGACCUUGUUUUGUGCACUGGUGCACAGUCAUGUUGGAAGAGGAAGGGGCCAGCUCCAAACUGUUCCCACAAAGUUGGGAGCAUGGAAUUGUCCAAAAUGUCUUGGUAUGCUGAAGCAUUCAGAGUUCCUUUCACUGGAACUAAGGGGCCAAGCCCAGCUCCUGAAAAACAACUCCACACCAUAAUCCCCCCUCCACCAAACUUUACACUUGGCACAAUGCAGUCAGACAAGUACCGUUCUCCUGGCAACCGCCAAACCCAGACUCGUCCAUCAGAUUGCCAGAUGGAGAAGCGUGAUUCGUCACUCCAGAGAACGCUCUAGAGUCCAGUGGCGGCGUGCUUUACACCCCUGCAUCCGACGCUUUGCAUUGCACUUGGUGAUGUAUGGCUUGGAUGCAGCUGCUCGGCCAUGGAAACCCAUUCCAUGAAGCUCUCUGCGCACUGUUCUUGAGCUAAUCUGAAGGCCACAUGAAGUUUGGAGGUCUGUAGCGAUUGACUCUGCAGAAAGUUGGCGACCUCUUCGCACUAUGCGCCUCAGCAUCCGCUGACCCCGCUCCGUCAGUUUACGUGGCCUACCACUUCGUGGCUGAGUUGCUGUCGUUCCCAAACACUUCCACGUUCUUAUAAUACAGCUGACAGUUGACUGUGGAACAUUUAGGAGCGAGGAAAUUUCAUGACUGGAUUUGUUGCACAGGUGGCAUCCUAUCACAGUUCCACGCUGGAAUUCACUGAGCUCCUGAGAGCGACCCAUUCUUUCACAAAUGUUUGUAAAAACAGUCUGCAUGCCUAGGUGCUUGAUUUUAUACACCUGUGGCCAUGGAAGUGAUUGGAACACCUGAUUCUGAUUAUUUGGAUGGGUGAGCGAAUACAUUUGGCAAUAUAGUGUGUAUAUAUGCGUACACUGUAUGUGCCUAAGAAAACGGCACAGAUCACUGAAAAGUCUGUUUACCAACAACAAUAAGAGACAAUCAUACAUAUUUUUCAACUGUUUUUUUCUCUGGGUGCAGGUGAAUGUUAUGUUAUAAAUAUUAUAUGUGUAUUAUAUUUCAUUAUAUUUAUAACUUAUUGGAAAGAAACUGGCUCUGGAAUCUUGAACAAUCUGCUGUUUUGGUUAAAAUAUUUUACAUGUUCCACAUGCAAGUUAACAUUCAACAAAGUCUGCUGUUUAAAUCCGACUGUCUGUGUUGGGUUUACCUAACAGCCUAGAGUGUAUUUUCGGGAACAAGCACUUUAAUUAUGGUAUUUCAUUUUCAUAGCAAAUCUGCAAUUCUGCUGUCUUUGACUACAUUUUGACUUGUAUCCCCUGUUUUUUAAGAACCAUUGUUGUACAUUUAAAGGAACUGAACACUGAGAAAAAUAAAUAUGAUUUUAUGUGA